AACUGACGUCACGCUUCUCUGCAAGAACAUAAGGACGCCCACUAGAAUCGCUUCGCUCUCAUUCAUCCUCGAAAAUGCGUACUCUCUUUCGGAUUGCCAAAUAUAUUUCCUUCCGUAAUAAUUUUCGGCCCUCGUGAGUUUGAUCGAUUGGAGAACUCGUUUGAUUUAGAAGCGAGUUGUGAAAACUCAAGGUCAUAUUUGACUCGAGAGAUAGGGAAAACAAAUCAACCGGAACUUUUGAGAGAAAUCUUUUUGCAAUAACACGGUGAUACAACGAUAAGAGUGGGGACUUUAAAUAUCUAGAUAAAACGAAAUUCGUAGUCGUUACGCAGGCGGGAGAUACAUACAUAGGAUUACGUGGUCGCGAGACGACCCACGUUGAGAUGACGAGCACAUUGGCUACGACUUUACAUGACAGACCCGCAAAACGCGUAGGCAACGUAGAUAGACCAAAAAUCAAAUCCAAAAGUAGCGUGACUCAUUCAUAAUCAGCUUAGCAUUAUAACUAGGUGGUUUCCUAAGUCCUGAUUCCAAACGUGCUGAACGAUGGUCGACUAUUACAAAGUGCUCGAAGUACAGCGGACCGUUUCUAGUGCUGAUAUAAAAAAAGCGUAUAGAAAGUUGGCAUUGAAAUGGCAUCCAGACAAGAAUCCCGAUAAUUUAGAAGAGGCAAAUAGAAGAUUCAAGGAAAUCUCAGAAGCUUAUGAAGUUUUAAGCGAUGAUGUGAAGAGACGCACUUACGAUCAGCGCUUAUAUCAGAAGGCGGCGUCAAGACCCGGCCGUGGAUUCACCUUCCGGAGUUUCUUUGAUUCUCCUUUCCAGCGAUAUUUCGAAAAGAAGAGACGUGUUUACGAUCAGUAUGGCAAAGAAGGUCUUCAAAUGCCCGGAGGUAAACGACGCCAUGGAGAUGAUUUUGAUCCGCACUUUGCUGGCACAUUCGUUUUUAGAGACCCCGAGGAAGUAUUUAGAGAAUUUUUCGACGGUAUUCCCUUUGAAGAUUUGUUUGCCGGUUUUCACGGUCCACGGAGAGGCGGUACGGGGAGACAUGGCCAUCCUACUAGCAAUAGUCUGAGUACUUCCUUCUUUGGUCCCUUUGGAUUCGGCUUUCGUUUGCCGUUCGAUAAUCUAAUGGAGAAUGCCGGCGGCGCAGGAAACUUUACCUCUUUCGGUACUUUCACCAGUUUCGACGGAGCGAGUGGUGGUGCUGCUGUGAAACGUACUAGUACCUCGACUCGUUUCAUUGAUGGAAAGAAAAUUACGACCAAAAAAGUCUAUGAAAAUGGAAAAGAAACUAUAAUGUCUUACGAAAACGAUGUACUGAAAUCAAAGACGGUGAACGGCGUACCACAGUCAAUAACGUUCGACGAAGCAUCGACGAGUCGUCAAGUCUGUGAGAACUCCAAUGAUAACACGAUGGGUAACCUCAGCUCGAAUGCGAUCCACGACUAUCUAAAAGCUAGCAGAGUUAAGACGCGUCAUCAUCCGCACACGAGUAAGAAGCACGAUAGAAGUAAGAGGAAAUAAAUUGCUCUUGUCAAGUUCCUUAUAUAUUCGAGUCACGACAAGUAUACGCUCCUAAUGUACUCGAUUGAUGUAAUUUAAUUCAAAUUUUCAAUUUAUAUAUAUACAUGUCACUAUUAUCUCCAUUGUCUACUUAUCUAAUAGAAAUUCAAAAAAUAUUGCCAAUUUAUAUAUGAGUUAUUACAUAAAAGGGGGAGAGAGAGAGAAAAAAAUAUCCAAUUGGUUUUUUUGACGUAUCCACGCGGUUCGGUCAAUAAAAUUCAUUUCAAAAGACAAAAUUUGUCAGUUUUUGGUUUCGAAAGCGAAGCGGCGCGCUAUCCAUUAUCAUUGAAUCAUUUAGUUUUAUAAAACAAUGAGAUGUUCGAGUCGAGUUAGGUACUCGUGAUAGCGUAUCGCUUACGCUGCUAAUCCAAUCUUUACAAUUUGCAAGUAACAUCCGCCUCGUCUCUACCAAUAGUUGUAAAAUGUCAAACUGAUGAUUGCUUGCGCUAACUUAAAUUUCGGUUAAACUAGGUAUACAGAACUGAUGCAAACUUAUAAUUUCUCAAACAAAAAUGUCUUUUACAUUUUCGUAUCGGUUAAUAGUUAUAAUUUAUUUUCGUUGCUGCGUAUUUUUAUUCUCGCGUUGGCUAUAGUGUUAUUUACCAAUUUAAGUUUUAGCUAAAUACACACACGCUGAAAUAUAUCGUUGGAAGUGUGUUAGGAAACUAUUUCCUUUGAUUAGUUGUAUUUCCAUAUGUGUAUAUAAUGAUAAGAAAAAUGUUAUAUAUAUAAAAAUACAUUAAAUGUACACUAAUAAUCUUGAGUCGGAAUGAGUGAAACUUUAGUAUGGGACUGAAAUGCAAAGGGCAAAAGUUAAAUUAUUGUUUGUUAAGGAAGGAAAUUAAUUAUGACAGAGAGACAUAUGCGAGAAGUAAUUUUAUGCUGACUGUAAUAAAGUGAAUACAAAAUUUAUAAAUGAACAAAACAAAAAUAUGCACUCUAUAUAAGUGCGUGUAGUUGCUAACAAUAGAAAAUUGAUAUAAUUCAUAUUGCAUCUGUAUGCAAUCAUUCACAUGUGCGUACAUAAAACUUUUUGCACUUUCCAUUAAAAAUGAAAAGUUUCACAAACAUUUCAGUGAGAUUACAUGCAAAUAUUUAUGCGCACAUAUAUGCGUGAUAACGAAUCGACUACUUCUUUCCAAUUGAAGCUAUUAAUGAUUCCACUUUAGCAAUAUAUUGCUCUUUCGCUGUUU